AUUCACACUCCAUGUGUUUGAGAUAUGAACAUUGAAUGCUCUACAGUACAGAGAUGAUGUCAGACUUUCUCAGGAAGUUGUCGUUCCAUAAUUUUAGUUGAUUUUGAUAAACAUCUAGACUUCUUAAUAAUGUGCCUGUUUAUACUUCAAAUUUAGUUUGGAUACAUUAAACUCUGCUUGGGGGUGUCAGCAUAUAUUAAUCUUUACAUAAGAAGUGUAAAGAAAGGAACUAUAACCCAUUCUUUGAGUUUCUUGUUACUCAUCACUAAACUUUCUGUAAUGUUGCAGUACAAACAAAUUGCACAAUGUUCAAUUGUAUUGUUUGGCAGAAAAAUUUUAUUUUUGUGUUUCAGGCUGAUGUUCUGGACUGAGAGCAGUACGCUGCCAAAGAUAGAGAGUGCGUGGAUGGACGGCAACAAGCGGAAGACUCUGGUGGAUGAAAAGCUGGGCCAUCCCACGGGUCUGACGGUGGAUUAUGCCCAAAAUCACAGAAUCUACUGGUGCGACACAAAGGAGAAUGUCAUAGAGUCGAUGAAUGUGGAUGGAUCCGAUCGCAAGAUCGUGCUCGGAGGAGAUUUACAUCAUCCUUCUGGCCUGGACAUUUUUGAGGAUCACAUGUACUGGAUUGAGAAGGAUUCCGGAGAAAUAUAUCACCAGGACAAAUUUGGAAGGGGUGUCAAAGUCCGCGCAAGACGGAGUUUGGAAGUAACACCCGCCGGCGUCAAGAUAUAUCACCAGCAGAAAUAUAACAUGUCGAUUACCAACAGAUGUUCCACCACAUCUUGCACUCAUCUCUGCCUGUUGAUUCCUCGAGGAUACCAGUGUGCCUGUCCCGACGGCACUCUGUUUGAAGGAGGGAGCCUAGAAUCUUGCAAUGCAGGAUUUGAGAAUCCCAAACCCCAACCCGAAAGGUGUCUGUGUGAAAAUGGAGGCUACUGCGAGUUGGUGGCGGGCAAAAUAAUCUGCAGAUGUCCAGAAAAUUUCGUGGGGGUACACUGCAGCGUAAUGGUGCAGCAGGGUGCCAUCAGCCUGGCCUCUCAUAGUAAUACUGCAGCCAUCAUCAUCCCUAUAUUGGUCAUAUUGUUGAUUUUAGUGACGGCCACGGGUCUUCUGUGUUUUUUCCGUCAGAAAAACUUAAAAUCAGGCAGCUUGGUCAAUCACAAUCAAAGCGUUUCCUUCCGCAUCGGAACAAACGUGGAGCUACCCACUCCAUCUUUACGAAACGGCACCCAAGAUAACAUCUAUAAGCAGGAACCACUGGAUGCAGAAUUCCACUUGGAAGACACCGAAAAACCUACCGAUUUCAGCAAUCCCAUGUACGACGCCAUCGAUACGAUGGGGGUGGAGCCCACCGACAAAGAGGUGGGACUGUACGAGGUUCCCGGAGAACUGAUGGACAAAAACGCCUUCGGUUCCGUCUACAACGGAGGAAAGGCGGCCAUCCUCACGCCCUCCGACGUAGUACACUGGUCCUCGCCGCCCAUCUAGAUCCGCCAGACGUCGCUAGACCCCGUGACGACGGACAGUGAUAAAGAUACUCAGAAACUGGUAGAGGAGAAAUCUGAGUGUUGAGACGUACUGGAAUAUAUAUACAUAUAUAAACAAAGCAAUAAACUCUUAAAACAGACAAAAGAUAACAAUUUGCACCGAAGGUGAUGAGAAAUAACCCGUUGUCUGGCGUAAACAAAACGACAAGGACCAACGUCACAGAACUUAUAGCGACAGGAAGUGCAAAUAUGGCCGCAUGGCUGUGAUGACGAGUUUACCUAGUGUGCAGCAAUGUCAUUAUUUCCCCACAUAUUGUCGAAUAUCUCUUGUUAAAACAGCCAAGUGUAUCACGUUGCCUUGCACCGAUCGAGUCAUUUUUUUUUAAUUAGUAAUUUUUUUUCUUGCUCGAACUGUUAACAUUAAAAGUAAGGAUAAGGUACAUUACAUCUUUCGUUAUUUUUUUGUUUUAAGCUUUUUCGAUAACGUUCGGGUCGUAACAAUUGCAAAACAAACAAGUCCUCCAAUCACACACAGCCGGAUAAACGCAUAACGACGUCACAUAUGUAGUGUUUUUUUUAAAAAAAAUAAAAAUUAUAAUAUAUUUUUUUAACCCGACCGAAUCGGCGUCGAUCCGAUUAUCAGAAAAUUCUGCUCCGUUUUCGAAAUUCGGAAAAAAUCUUCCGAGACUGGAAACGGUUGGCACGCACUCCUCGGCUCAAUCCACGCGCUGCGUAUGGAAAAUGAAAAUGUGAUACUUCUGCAGAUAUCAAUGAAUUGUAUAUGGAAUGGCAUAUGUACAAAAAUUAAAAAAGAGUAUAAGUUGUU